CUGUUUUAACAAUUCCUUUUUAUUUCAGGUUCUUAUUUCUCCCAUACUAGCAGGUUUAGCUGUUGGUAUCGGCGUUCCAAUUUUACUAUUUUACGUUUACGGAGUCGUUCCUGUUUCACUGUGCCGUUCUGGCGGCUGCGGAGUGACGACGUCGGCGACCGGCGUUCGAUUUGAGUUCGAUGAUGAGAACGACUUGGCGAUGAGUCGUAAUCAAGACAACGCAUCGAUCGACGCCGUAAGCAGUCGGGGAGCAAAUCCGUCAAUUGGGGAAGCUAGUCUAUCUAUGGCGAGCGGCAGUCAAGUGUUGAGGGAAGCAGAUAGGGAGUCGGCGAGUACCGUCGCGUUAGCAGGGAGCGUGGGUAAUGCUUGUCAAAGAUUAGAAGUACAAGCAGAUCUUGUAUCCACACAGCGAUUUAGCAUUAGUAGCCUGUCUGAUAAAUCUGUCAAUGUCAGUUUGGCAGAUGAUGGCGGAGCGUCUACUAGAGCUUUGGCAGGAUCGAUGCUGAAUUACAAGAGUAAUGGAAGUGAUUCGUGUAGCUGCGUCACUAUCGGCGAGGAUUGCGUUUCCGAGCGCGUACGAUUUGACGAUAAUAUUAGCUUCAUAACGCCCCAAACAUUAGACAUGGACAAAUCGAGCAUCGAUAGUAGUUGCAGCUUUAAGCGUUGUAGUAAACCGGACACCGUUAGUAAUGAGAGCAUUUAUGUAGAUAUAACUCUCCCAUGUAACGAAGAAAAGCCUCCAAGGAAAGGGAUGUCUACAUCUGCUACUUUGAGAAGUAUUUUCUUCCACUCAAACCUGAGUGAAGCAAAACCGAUUGUAACAAAAACAUAUGACGAUAAGGUCAUAAUUGAAGUGUCGAAUGAAACAUUAGACAAACCGAUUUGUGUCUCGGAACCGGCUCACUCUUCUACAUCCAAUAUUGUUACAACGAAAUCAGUUUCAUUAGAAUUGGAGAAGAAUUGCGCCCAAUUAUAGCUUGUUUAAUCUGCUUAUUGUUACUUACUUUUGUUUAAGACUGAUGUAUGCAACCUUCAGCUGUUGUUGCUUGUAAUGAAAUGUUUAAGAAAAUAUGAGCCACAUAAUCGUUACGCCUAAUAAUCUACUACUGUCGCUGUUUGGCAUUUUAAACAAAAUGUUUCAUAUUGUGAAUUAUGGCUGUUUCGUAUGGUCUGUGUAUUAAAUUUGUUUUGGCCAAUCAUUUUAAAUGGCUGCUGUUAUCAUGUAAUUUCAGUUUUGUUUGUAUAAAUAUUUUUUUUUUGUUAAUUUUGUUAUAUAUUUAUACACUUGUAUAACAUUUAUAUAAAUAUAUGUAUAUACCUUAUUAUUAUAAGCAUGUGUAAUUAUUUCAAUUGUAAUUACUUUCUCAAAUGUAUCUAAUUAUGUAUAAAUUAUUGAAUAAAUAUUCAAAUUAUGUGCGUA